AUGUAUGUAAUUUCAGAAGUUCCUUUACAAAUAUGCGAUAAAGAUCAAAUAUGGGUAGAUACGUCUGAUGUUUUUUCAACUACUCAAAAAUUUAAUACACGAGAAGAGGUGAUAAGAUGGAUUAAAGAGAUCGGAAUCCGAAAUAAAGUUACGGUUAUCAUCACUCGUUCAGAUAUUAAAACAGGUAAGAGAGGAAGAAGUAACAAAUUAAUAUUUGGAUGUGAUAAAGGAGGAAAACACAGAGAUAUUGUUAGUGGAACUCAGAGUGCGACGAAAAAAUGUGAAUGUCCAUUUAGAAUCAGAUCAAUUCCAGCGGCUGAUGGAUCUGGAUGGAAAAUUGAUGUAAAAUGUGGAGUUCAUAACCAUAAUUUACCUGAUAGAUUAGAAGGUCACGCAUUUGUCGGUAGGUUGACAGCGGAUCAGAAGCAACAUGUUAUUGAUUUGACAAAGAGAAAGGUUCCACCUAGACAUAUACUGCUUUCAUUGCAAGAGCAAGAUCUAGAUAAUGUCACUCGGAUCACGCAAAUAUACAAACAGAAGAGUACGAUAGUAAAAAAUAUAAGAGGUUCUAGAAGUGAGAUACAACAUUUGUUUAAGCUUAUUGAGGAAGCAGGUUAUGUUUAUUGGAGUAGAAAAAGAGAUGACUCUGAAGUUAUUAGAGAUAUCUUUUGGUCUCAUCCAGAUUCAGUUAAGUUGUUGAAUAUUUUUCCUAUUGUGCUAGUUAUGGACAACACUUACAAGACUAACAAAUAUAGGCAACCUCUGUUUGAAAUUGUUGGAAUGACAUCAACCGAGUUGACUUUUGCUGUCGCAUUUGCCUAUAUUGAGUCUGAGCAAACUGAGAAUUUUUGUUGGGUGCUAGAUAAGCUUAAACAAUUGUUUGUGAAAAAAGAGUUGUGUCCACAAGUGAUUUUGACAGAUAGAGAUCUUGCUUUGAUGAAAGCCAUUGAAAUUGUGUUUCCAAGGUCGAUCAAUAUGCUAUGUCGAUAUCAUAUUAACAAGAAUGUUGGUGCAAAACGGAAACAAUAUGUGGCUAGUGACAUGCAAAAGAAAAUUGACGAAUUAUGGACGGAGGUUGUAUGGGCUAGUGAUGAGGUUGAGUAUGAUCAAACGUUGAAACAACUUGAGCAGGCGUGCGUUGAUUGUAAUGAAUUUAUUGAUUAUGUGAAGGACAUAUGGUUGACACCACAUAGACAAAGAUUUGUUGAAGCAUGGAUUAAUCGAUUGCUACAUUUUGGUAACACCACGACUAAUCGGGUCGAGUCUGCUCAUUGGAAGUUAAAGCAAAUGUUGGGGAACAGUAUUGGUGACAUGGUCAAAUGUUGGGAGGCUAUGAAUGACAACUUAAAGUUACAAUUGGGUAAUAUUAGAGCUUCUUUUCAAAAGAGUUUUUAUGAAGUUGAGCACGCUCAUGUAAGUCCAUUUUACAAUAAUUUACGUGGUUCAGUGUCUCGAGAUGCAUUGAGACGCAUUGCUGAAGAGUUAAAACGAGUUGAUUAUGUUGGAACUAACAAGGAAAAGUGUCGUUGUACUCUUAGAACAACCUACGGAUUACCUUGUGCUUGUAAGUUGACAGGAUAUAGAAUUGAUGGUAUACCGAUACCAAUAGAGGUUGUACAUGUUCAUUGGAGAAAACUAAGUAUGGAAGUUAAUUUGGACGAAGACGUAGACGAUGGAUCAGAGGUGGAUAUGAGUGGUGCAAUAGAUGAGUUAUGGAAAAGGUUUAAGUCACUGGAUGUUGUUGGAAAAAGGGCAUUAAAAAGUAGGGUUUUUGAACUUGCCUUCCCAACAAUGGUUCUGGUGGGUUAG